CGUCAGAGGAGUUGAUAGAAGUUUAUUUAAAUUUCGAAUUUUCGGUCAAAUUGAUUUUAUUGAGGAUUUAAAAAUAUUACAGAAACUACAUCUUAAUCUACAUUACCAAGUAACUUUGAACUCGAGGUAUCUAGACUAGAAUCGGUAAAUUUGGACCUGAAAUUCCAAAUCCCAAUGAACAGCUGUUAAUCACUGUUGCAAUCCAUUAUACAACUCACUAUUUUAUAUUCAAAUUUUUUUGGUAUACUUGUAAAUUUAACAUGGAUGUUAAACCAGUAACACAUGUUCUUUUUGAUAUGGAUGGUUUAUUACUAAAUACUGAAGAUUUGUACACUAAGCUAUUUCAAAACAUUGUGUCAAAGUAUGGAAAGGAAUAUACAUUUGAUGUAAAGUUAAAAAUAAUGGGAACUCAAGCAAUUGAAAGUGCUACAAUGGUUAUCAGAGAACUUGACCUUCCAAUGACCCCAGAAGAGUUUCUACAAGAAUGUAAAAAAGGAGAAAGUAUUUUUGCUGAUUGCCAGUUAUUGCCAGGUGCUAGACGACUUGUUGAACAUUUGCACCAACACAAAAUACCCAUCGCUUUAGCUACAAGUUCUGGAGAAGAGAGCUACCAUUGCAAAGUAGAUAAACAUCAUACAGAAUUUUUCUCAUUGUUUCCUUACAAAACAUUUGGAUCCUCAGACCCUUCAGUAAAGAAUGGAAAGCCUCAUCCAGACAUAUUUUUAGUAACGGCAAUGAAAUUCCCUGAUAAACCUGUACCCGAAAAAUGUUUAGUAUUUGAAGAUGCAGUAAAUGGUGUAAAAGCUGCCGUCGCAGCUGGUAUGCAAGUUGUCAUGGUUCCUGAUCCUCGUAUAGACAAGAGUUUGACCAAAGAGGCUACGCUUGUGCUUAGUUCGUUAGAAGAAUUUAAACCAGAACUGUUUGGCCUACCGCCAUUCAAAGACUAGUUUUAUAUUAGCACAUUUUUAGAUUUAUUAAUUAGUAGGAAGUCCUGAAGUAGUAGGCAGGACUAUAAAUAUGAAUGUGUUUUCACAGAAAACGAUUUACCAUUAAACAAAUGUUACUUGCUUGGUAUACCAAAUGAUGUACUUAAUUAUGAUUUAAGUAUAUAUAGUUAUUAUUGUUUCCAGUCAGAUAUAUAUACAUAUAAUGUUAAUAGAACAAUGUAAUUCCAGUAAUUAAGAUAAUUUGUAAACGACGUUCCUGUGAUAGAAUUUUAUUUAAUUUCACGGUACAAACAAUAUUAUGUAUGUAUUUUCGUGUUCUAAUAAAGAAUCAUAAGAAGGUGA